GCAAAUGAUUGAUGUUAUAUCCCAUUAUCCCUCUCACUCUCCUUCACCUGUGGCUUCAACAACUCCGCUUGUUAGUCAAACCGAUCGAAGAUGAUAAGCAUCAAAGCACUGGCUGAAUCGCCUGGUCUCACCUCCAUCCCUCCGGCGUACGCCUUCACCCACAACCCCAACGAUCAACCAGUUUCAGACGACCCAGAAGACUCAAUCCCCAUUGUUGACUUCUCUCUCCUCACCUCCGGCACUCCCGAUCAACGAUCCAGAACUAUCCAUCACCUUGGCAAAGCAUGCCAGGACUGGGGCUUUUUCAUGGUGAUAAAUCACGGGGUGCCGGAGAGCCUGACGAAGGCGAUGACUGAAGCGUGUGGAGAGUUUUUCAAUCUGACGGAGGAGGAGAAGCGGGAGUUUGGAGGGAAGCACGUGUUGGACUCAAUCAGGUGUGGCACCAGCUUCAAUGCUUCCGUUGAUGAGGUGUUGUUUUGGAGGGAUUUUCUCAAGGUUUUUGUACAUCCCCAAUUUCAUUCACCCACCAAACCUGCUGCCUUCAGAGAGAUUUCGUUGGAGUACAGCAAAAGAACGAGAGAAUUGGCGAGGGAGUUGCUGAAAGGAAUAUCAACGAGCUUGGGAUUGGGAGAGUGCUACAUAGAAAAGGCAUUGAAUCUGGAAUCGGGUUUGCAAAUCGUGGCUGCAAACUUGUAUCCGCCUUGUCCGGAGCCGGAGCUAGCAAUGGGCAUGCCUCCGCAUUCCGAUCACGGCCUGCUGACCCUCCUCGUACAAAAUGGGAUCUCCGGCCUUCAGGUGCAGCAUCAAAGCAAGUGGGUCAAUGUCAAUUCCAUUCCCAACGCAUUCGUCGUUAACGUUGGCGAUCACAUGGAGAUUAUGAGUAACGGGAAAUACAGGAGUGUUGUACAUCGUGCAUUUGUGAAUGAAAAGGCUACAAGAAUAUCAAUAGCCACAGUUUAUGGGCCAUCGUUAGACACGGUUGUCGGGCCAGCACCGGAGUUGGUUCACCGGGAAACCAAUCCGCCUGCAUACACCGAAAUGAAGUAUAAGGAAUACCUGCAACUGCAGCAAAGCAACCAGCUUGAUGGCAAAUCCUGCUUGGAUCAUGUUCGAAUCUCGCCUGCCUAAACUAGUUGCCUCUUCCUUAUCUAUGUAACCAAACAUUCUUUUCUUUUCCUUCUUUAAGGAAGUAUGAUUUUUAUUUGGGGUAAUUAUCUUUUCCCCAUUAACUA